CCAGUGUAGCCAGAGGAGCGCAGGCAGGGCUUCCUGCCGGGAGCCAGGCUGCCCGGCCAUGCUCUGGGCGCUCUGGCCCAGGUGGCUGACAGGCAAGGAGCUGUCCCUCGUGGGUGCGGUGUUGCUGCAGAAGAGACAGAAGAGGGAACCUCAGUGGAGGCGGUGGUGGCGGGAGACCCACCCAUACUAUGACCUCCAGGUGAAGGUGCUGAGGGCCAGAAAUAUCCGGGGCGCAGACUUGUUGUCCAAAGCAGACUGCUACGUGCAGCUGCGGCUGCACACAGCGUCCCCCAGCCCGGCCCAGACAAGGGUGGUAGCCAACUGCCGUGACCCCGAAUGGAACGAAACCUUCCACUACCGGGUCCACGGCGCCGUGAAGGUGAGGAACGUCCUGGAGCUCACCCUCUACGACAAGGACGUCCUGGACAGUGACCAGCUCUCCCUGCUGUUGUUUGACCUGAGGAGCCUCAAGCCCCACCAACCGCGCAGACACACCUUCCCACUCAGCCACCAGGAUUCACAAGAGCUGCAGGUGGAAUUUCUUUUGGAGGACAGCCAGGUGCCGGCGUCUGAAGUCAUCACCAAUGGGGUCCUGGUGGCUCAGCCCUGUCUGAGAAUCCAGGGCACCCUCAGGGGAGAUGGGACAGCCCCACAUCAAGAGUAUGGCUCCAGGCAGAUUCGGCUGGCAGUGCCCGGGGCCUACGAGAAGCCCCAGCUCUUGCCCCUGCAGCCUCCCCUGGAGGCAGGCCUCCCAGCCACGUUCACCUUCCACGUAAACCCAGUGCUCAGUUCCAGGCUGGAGGUGGAGCUGGGAGAGAAGCUCACGGCCCUGCAGAGCGGCCCAAGUGCUGAGCUGGAGGUCCAGACCAGCAAGCUGGGCGAGGCGGGCAUCCUGCUCUCCUCUCUGGCCCUAGGUCGGGAGCAGCAGCAUGUCGUGGCCCUGGGUGAGGGCCAGGAGGUGGCUAUGAGUGUGAAGGCAGAAGUGAGCUCUGGGGACCUGGACCUGCGUCUUGGCUUCGACCUCUGUGACGGGGAACAGGAGUUUCUGGAUAAGAGGAAGCACGUCGUGUCCAAGGCCCUACAGCAGGUGCUGGGAUUGAGCCAGGCUCCCGACAGUAACCAGGUGCCUGUGGUGGCUGUGCUGGGUUCAGGAGGUGGAACCCGAGCCAUGUCUUCCCUCUAUGGCAGCCUGGCCGGGCUACAGGAGCUCGGCGUCCUGGACACUGUGACCUAUCUGAGUGGAGUCUCUGGGUCCACCUGGUGCAUCUCCACACUCUACAAGGACCCAGCCUGGUCCCAGGUGGCCUUGAAGGGCCCUAUUGAGCGCGCCCAGGCGCGGGUCUGCAGCAGUAAGAUGGGGAUAAUGUCCAUGGAACGCCUGCAGUACUAUGCCCAGGAACUGGGGAUCCGGGAAAGCAGUGGCCACAGCGCUUCCCUCAUCGACCUCUGGGGGCUUCUUAUUGAAUAUUUCCUAUACCAGGAGGAAAAUCCUGCCAAGCUGUCUGACCAGCAGGAGGCGGUCAGCCAGGGCCAGAACCCUUACCCCAUCUACGCCAGUGUCAACGUCCGCAGCAACAUCAGUGGGGAAGACUUUGCAGAGUGGUGCGAGUUCACCCCCCAUGAGGUCGGCUUACCCAAGUAUGGCGCUUAUGUUCCCACUGAACUCUUUAGCUCAGAGUUCUUCAUGGGGCGACUGCUGCAGCUCCGCCCCGAGCCCCGGAUUUGCUACCUGCAGGGUAUAUGGGGCAGCGCGUUUGCAGCCAGCCUGGAUGAGAUUUUCCUGAAGACCGCCGGCUGGGACCUCGGCUUCCUACAGAGGUGCAGAGGCAGUGUAAACAUCACAGACGACCGCCAGAAGCUCCAGCUGCAUGACCCAGCGAGGCUGCAAACCAGGCUCUUCACCCCGCAAGGGCCCUUCUCCCAGACUGUGCUGGACAUAUUCACCUACCGCUUCACCUCAGCCCAGAACUCGAACUUCACCCAGGGCCUCUGCCUGCACAAGGACUAUGUGUCUGGCAGGGAGUUUUUGGCCUGGAAAGAUUCGCACCCGGACGCCUUCCCCAACCAGCUCACUCCCAUGCGGGACUGUCUGUACCUGGUGGAUGGAGGCUUUGCCAUCAACUCUCCGUUCCCGCUGAGCCUGCAGCCGCAGAGAGCCGUGGACCUCAUUCUGUCCUUCGACUACUCCCUGGAUGCCCCUUUUGAGGUCUUACAGAUGACAGGGAAGUACUGCCUGGACCGAGGCAUCUCCUUCCCCAGCACUGAGGUGCCCCCUGAGGACUUGAAGGAGCCCCGUGAAUGCUACCUGUUUGCCAAGGCCGAGGACCCGCGCUCACCCAUCGUGCUGCACUUCCCCCUGGUCAACCGUACCUUCCGCACACACCUGGCCCCAGGUGUGGAACGACUGACGGAUGAGGAGAAAGCCUGUGGGGACUUCGUCAUCAAUGGGCCAGACACCCCUUAUGGCAUGAUGAACUUCACCUACGAGCCCCAGGAGUUUGAGCGGCUGGUGGCCCUGAGUCGAUACAAUGUUCUGAACAACGUGGAGACUGUGCGGCAGGCCCUCCAGCUGGCUCUGGGCCAGAAACAGGCUGGGGACAGGGCUGGAGGCUGACCCGGGCUGGAGUCGGGAGACUGGGACAGAGGAGGGACUGUGGGCUCCAGACCAGGGCUUGGUAGAGGGAGGGGUGGUGGACCCUGUGGGAUGAUAUCCCCUCCUGGCUGGGCUCCAGCUGGUGGGUCCCCCUGCUAAUUACUCAUCUUCGCUCUUUAAACUUGGGUCACAUUCUCUUAUCAGGGGUACAGCUGCCCCUUCCCAGAAGCUAAAUGGGUGUGUCUAGAGGGCGUAUCCAUUUAUCAGGGGCGGAGUGAACGUGAACCUGCCUGUGUGUUCGUGUUCCUAGUGGGGGCCUGUCAGCUGCCAGGGAUGGGCAGAGGUAGAGGAAGCCUGGCUGGGAACUCAGAGGCCCAGGUUCCUGCCUUUUCCACAGAUGUACCCCACCGAUCUGGGGGAUCUGUUUCUCUCUCUGGAGGAUCUGUUUAUCAUUUCUUCUGACCCACCCGGGACCUUCCAAAUACCUGGAGCCUCUCCAGCAUGGGCAGAUUUUAGGUGUGUGGAAAGGAGAUCCACCCUGACUGGGCUUAGUGUGGAGGUCUCUAGGCCCUCUCCCUCUGGCUAGGGCCUCUGUGGCCUCUUCUCACCCACACCCCACCCAGCGCUGAGCCACCUGGGGUCCUUCACUGGCCCGGCUGCCAUACUCAUUACUCACUCGACACUCCCCUCUGCCAGGAGUGCUCUCUUUGACUACAGCCCCUCCCUCAAUCUCUCUCUCUCUCUCUCUCUCUCUCUCUCUCUCUCUCUCUCUCUCUCUCUCUCUCUCUCUCUCUCUCUCUCACACACACACACACACACGCAUGCUCUCCAGGGCUAAAGUCACAAUUCCUCUUCUAAUCAGGGAACUUAUGUGACAAAGCCUCACCCAUCCUGACUCUGGGAAGAAGACCCUAGCUCUGGCUCCCAGCUGGGAGGAAGGUGUCUAGAUCCCAGCCUGUGCCUCCAGCCUGGCCUGGGACCCCAGGCCUCCAGCUGGACAUGAACCGGGGAAGGGGGGCUGCUGAGGGAGCUGGGCUUCUAACAGGCCAGCGCUUUUGGCUGGCGUGGGAUCGGGGUAGCUUGGUUCUCUCACGCCUGCUCACUGGGGACAAUUGCUCUUGAGAUAGGCUAUCUGGUUAGCUGGUGUUUACACAUCUUUUAUGAGUCUUUAUCCUUUGACCUGCUGUCUUCCUUUUGGGUUUAUCUUUCUUUUUGUUGGAGUGCAAAGUUGAAUAGUUCUAUAGUGGAGGAUCUGUGGAAUGUAAACCUUCUGAGACCUGAUAUGUCUGGAAUUGUCUUUUCUUGCCCUGACUUAUAAUAGUCUGGAUUAGGGUAGGAUUCUUGGUUCAGGCUUACAUCUACUCAGAUUUUUUUUUUUUUUUUUUUUUGCGGUACGCAGGCCUCUCACUGUUGUGGCCUCUCCUGUUGCGGAGCACAGGCUCCAGACGCGCAGGCUCAGCGGCCAUGGCUCACAGGUCCAGCAGCUCCGCGGCACGUGGGAUCUUCCCGGACCGGGGCACGAACCCGUAUCCCCUGCAUCGGCAGGCGGACUCUCAACCACUGUGCCACCAGGGAAGUCCCUACUCAGAUUUUAAUGCCUCUUUGCAUUGCAUAUUGCCUGAUGCAAUCAGGGCAGCCUGAUGUCAGCUGAAUUCUCAUCCCAUUGUAGGUGAUUUAUCUUUACCUAAUUUUUAGGGUUUUCUCUUUGUCUUCGAUUUUCAAAAGUUUCACUAUGAUUUUUCUAAACUGGGAACUUAAAAAAAAUCAGUGACCUCUUUCGAUUUUGAGAUUCAUGUCUUUUUGAAGCUCUAAGAAAUUAUCUACCAAUUGUAUCAAAACACUACUCUUCUUCAUUCUCUUUUUGGAUUCCUAUUAAAUGGAUAUUGAAAUGUAUGUAUCGAUUCUCUGUAUCCCUAAACUUUCCUUUUACACAUUCUAUUUUUUUCAUUUGUGCUGCAUUCUGGGGAUUUUCUUUGCGUGAUUUUUUGGUUCACAAAUAUAUACUCCACCUGUGUCCAGCCUGCUUCUCUAUCCAUCUUUUGGGGGGUUUUGUUUAACUUUUGACUGUCACAUUUCCCUGUUUAAGUUCCCUAAUAGGAUCUUCCAAAGCUACUUGUUUUCAUUGCAUGGAAAUGCUUCACCACUUCCCUCAGAUGGUGUUAAUAUGUGCAUUUCAUAGUAUUUUCCUGAUUGUUACGUGAACAGUUUCCUUGGGGUAGGUUGCCUCUCCUUCAUGGGCUUUACCUCUUUUAUAUAUUUGGUAAUUCUUGAUUGUCAUCUCAUGUCUGAGAGGGUUGUGUACAAGCUCUGGGCUGUGAUGGCUCCUGGUCAGGUCACUGGCCAUGCAAUGGCGCGGUGACCUUCAGGUGGCAGUGUGGGACUUGGGGAGGAGGCCGAAGGGAUGCAGUUCUAGAGAACUUCAGAGCCUUGAAGUGAUGUUAUGAAAUUAUUAAUCUGUAUUUAUAUCUGAUGGGUUUGGUGCUACGGGGGGUAAGUAAAAUAUUACAAAGGAGAAUUCCAG